AUGACCGGAAUGGACUACAUGGGCGACCUAAAUACAGCACACGUUAUGCACCAAUUAUGGGAGAAACAACCGAGCUACCUUCGCAGCAAGUGGUGUGAAAGGGCUAACGCUAUUAGAGUUGCCAAAGGAAGAUUGGCUGGUUUUGAAGAUUUUGUGCAGCUUGUGACUAAGCAAGCUGAUCUAGCUACUGAUCCUGACUAUUCGGAAGAGCCGGUAACUAAGGAGAGUUCACAAGCCACAAGACGAGAUCACAGAAGUAAGGGAUCAAACUUUGGUACAUUUCUGAAAGAGCAGAACAAACAAUUAAAAACUAUGCCCCCAUGUCUUGUGUGUCAUAAGAUGCAUGACUAGACCAAUGCUUUGAAUUCAAGAAACGAUCGCUAUCUCAAAGAAAGGAAAGACCAAAGGUUUGUGUUAUGGAUAAUACAAUCGAGGACAUACAUGUAUAGCUACGUUUUGCAAGCAAAAGAAGUUAUGUCAGAUAUGUAGGAAGCAUCAUGCACUGCAUGAUCCCCACUGGAAACCACCAAGUAAGCUUGAUAAAGAGAAGGAAACUAAGGACCCCGGCAGAGCUGAUCAAGAAAACAAACCCCCAGAGAAUCAAGUUAACAACUCUCGUGGAACAUUUUGUGACAUCACUGAAGCUGGUGAUGAUGCACCAGUCAACAUGGGAAUAGUUCCAGUAUGGGCAUAG